AUGUCACUCAAGCGUCAUAAAAGACUGAGCAGCAAGAAGAAAAAAUCUCCAAAGGAUAAUCUCCAGGCAGAGGUUCUGCAUGAGCUCGGCUUGGAGGCCUACCAGACUAUACCACUGGAUGUCUCAUCAAUGCUAGACAUUAUUACUUGGACUCUGGGGAACCAAUCUCCUCUAGAACCCUCUGAUCUACCAAAAGCUUUCCUCCAGUGCCUUUGGCUGCUCAGGCAAGAUGCCCGGACUCCUUGGUGUGAGUCUCUUCAUAAUCUUGUUACAAACGAUGACAACAAUUCUACCGGGAAGGUGCUCAGUAGUUUUAAAGGAGAUAGCCAGGGUGCCAUCAAUCCACUUGAUCUAGUCACAGCUGUCUAUAUGUCUGCUAGCACUUUCCUUCAGCAAGAGAUCUCCAAACGGAUGGUGCAGUGCCAAUUUUCUAUACCACUGGUCCUUCCAAACAAAGAUCCGGAAGAGCCUAGUUGCUUCCUUCUUUGGCCUUUAAGAGGGAUUGUGGGCCAGUGGAGAUCUCACCCCCUAAAUAACGACAGGCGAAUCCAAGAGGGGGAUUUGGCAACCACAUGCAUGCCAUUAGUUUCAUUUGUCAGGCUUGGUUGUUGCAGUGUGUCCAAGUCACAGGUGCUAAACCAUAUGUUACGUGGAGUCACAUCUUCCUGUCAGACAUUUCUCCACAGGGGGAUGGAAGGAGGGCAGCUGCCCAAAAGGCUUUCGAGUGGCCUGUUAGAAAUUGGAUGGCAUCUACCCACUGGAGAUAGCACCAAAGAUGUCUUCCCAGUCCCUUUGGUCUUCUCCAACCUGCGGGGUGAUGCCAGUGCGCAUAAGAAAUGUCUUACCUUUUUAUGCAAGGCAUCUUCAGCUAUAGUUGUUUUCUGUGGAAAUCUUAAGGAGAAGGAAAAACUACUUCUUGCUUCCUGUAAGGAUACAAACAGCAAACUAAUACUCAUUGACCUUUUAGACACUGAGAGAAAUGAGAGCAGAGUUGUUGGUUUUGUUGAUGAGAACCUUGAAAAGUACAUGGGGCUUCCCGAAGAAUCUGUGAUUCAGGGCAGAGGUCUGAGUGAGGACGCACUGGCUAGUAAGCUAUGUGAUACUCUAAAACAUCUGCUACCAGACAGACUGAAACUUAUUACGCUUGAGGAAGCAGCACAAUUUGCGGCGGAUAUAGGCCUAAAUGUGGACGAAGGACCCAUUUGUCAAAAAGCCAUGGCCUCAGUGGAGGAAGUGUUGAAGGGUUUAGAUGAGGGAUCUGAUGAAUAUAGGCGUAAACAGCUUCCUCUGCAGGGGCCUUUGUGGAGCAAAUUAGCAGAGCUAGAAAAAGCAGAGAGUAAGCAGAGAAAAGAAAGAACAGAAAUUGACCCCCAGCUACAAAAAGAAAAGAAUGACAUUAUGGCUGAGUUGAGGAGCUACAAAAUGACCCCAGCUAUGAAGAUCUUUACAGAUGUUCUCUUUACCAAAGAUAAAGUGAAGAGAGCUUACUUUCUUAGCUGGCUCACUCUAAGACUUAAGAAAACUACAAAACAAAACAAGACGCAAGAUCUGCUCACAAAUCUACAGACAGUAAAGAAAGACAGCAUGCUGGUAGAUUUGGAUAAGCUUGAACAAAGACUAACACUCACUACGGACAAUUCUGGCAAGCAACAAAUGAGCCUUGAUGAUUGUGCUGAUCCCUCUUAUGAACCUGAUACAUGCGCAUUAGGUCCUGAGCACUUUCUGCGUGAGAUAGGGCUAAUCUUUGAGCUAGCACACAUCAGCCCCAGCAGCGGAAGCCAAAAUGUGUUACGUCUCCCUAGCUUAGCUACAGAUCUUCUUCUUUAUGGGAUUCCACUUGAACUAAUGGAUGGAGAUGCCUCAAAUAUCCCCAUCCAGUGGCUGGGCUGUGUCUUUGGAGAGCUCAAACGUCGCCUACCACAAGAACAGUGUAGGACAAGAGUGCUGACAAAUCUUGGCGACUAUAAUGCAAGGAAUGCAGAGAUUCUUUCUGCAUUAUUUGGAGUGAAAUUCCCUGAAUGGAAGAAACAAACCUCAAGAGGGGUGUACAUGGUUGCCCUGUGUCUUCCUGAAAACCUCAGAAAGGACAUGAAGUGUGAUGUUUUGUUGCUAAUUGAGGUCAGAGGUCUCUGCUCAGUCUCACUGGACAGCAAAAGAAAUAUACUGGGCAAUGACAAUGAAAUGGCUACCUUUGCAACAGGACUGAGUGACUUUUUACUGCACAGCAUGUCUUCACACCUUGGUUCUGAUUUUGAAACAAACCUCAGUGUCAGAGUCAAUGCUCUCCUGCGAAUCAAAGAAUAUGGCUCCAUGCCAUUUUGCCAAUUCUUUGUCCAGAACGAAAACGUAAAUAGUAAAUUACAAGCAUCACAAUUAAGGUAUGUUUCUCAGCUGCUUUUGCAAACUAGCAAUAUUGAUAAAGAUGGAAAUACCACAAGCUGCACAGUCUCUGUCAAAGGACCAUGGAACAAAAUGUCCCUCUCUGAACCAGUUGAUACAGAUUAUAGUGGGGAUGUUUUAAAGUUUAAAGAAAUCCUUUUUGAAGCAUUGAAGAGGAGUGCCGCUAAGGCAGAAGCCCCAGUUUUGCCUGAAUUUAUGAGGCGUUUGUAUUCUGUUUGGGAUGCGAUCAAAGAGGAAUCAUUCUCCAUUGGUCUCCAAAACACUGAUAUAGCUUUGGCAUUUUCUUUGUUGUGCACAGAAUUUUUCUACUGGGAAAACAAUUUACUGGAUAACAUGAAAAGUUGGCUAACGGGUGCAACAAAAAAAAACUUUACCACAAAGGGAGAAGCUUUGGAUGCAUCUAUUCAAAAUGACCUUCUCAGUGAGUUAAAGAAGGAAGCCAGUGAGGAAGUCGAAGCAGAGGUGAACAAAUUCAGGUCAAUAGCAGAGACAUAUGUGAUGAAAGAGGAAACUCUCAAAAUGAGAUCUGACAAAUUCAUGCCAAUCCUAAUGAGCAAUAUUGACAACCUACAGGACAGAGUAACUGAUGAGAUAACGGAAAGGUUGGAGGCAGUCUAUGAGAGCCAUUACUCUUCCACACAGCUUAAAAAAUUUAAAGCAUUACUGGGAAAAGAGCAAGAAUCCAAGGUAGAUUCACUAGUAGAAAAAAGCAAGACAACAAAAAUUCUUCUGCAAGAUACAGAGAUAGAGGAUGAAUUUGAGGCUGUGUGGGGUAAGAUAUUGUCCAACUUUGAAUUCAGGCCUUCAGAAACAGAAGAUAUAACUCCAAGAGUAGACGAUAUUCUGAGACAGAAUCUAAUCAGCCGUGGCCUCCAGAAACACAUGAAAAAGCUUGAAAUGAUUGGCCAGAACCAGAACUCUGACUUCCAAGUUUGCGAUGAGCAUUUUGGAUACCGCAGCAGAUUAAAGCAAAUGUUUGAAGACAACAACAAACAACACAAGGUAGAAGCUCAGCAGGUAGCAAACAAUAUCAUAGAGGAAUGCAAACAGUAUAUAGCAGAUAAGUGUAACAAACCAGCAGAUUUCUCUGACGGUUACAUUACAGAGCUGUUACAAAAUAUUGAAAAAUCUUUAAAUGAAAAAUCUGUGGAAACUAGAUCAGCUUUUGAAGUGGAUCUGAAAGUGUAUCUCUGUAAUGCUUCUUGCCAAGACUUUCAAAACCUGCAUAACCGCUAUGCCAAAGAUGCAGAACUCUUGACAUGUAUCACUAAAAGAAAAAGCAUGGACUUGGCAGAGUUUAUCUAUGACUUCAGGAAAAGAGACCAGUGUCAAAGGGUGGCCCAAGAAUUCAUCUCCAUGGUCAUCAAGCCCACAGUCUUGGAUUACAUCAACAGACCCCUGGGGAUAUCUAUUGCAGAGGAGAUCCAAAGGAAAGCUCAGCAGUAUCACUCCUCACAGGCCUUCCACCAAAGCUUGCUGGAAGAGAUGAUUAAAGAAGAUCAAUUUGAAGUCUUCCUGGAAUAUCUGCUCUUCUAUGACAACUUCAGACUCAGGAAGAUCCAGAAAACAGUGACAGCUCACCUCACUGAAUCAACCAACCUGGGACAAUGGAGGCAUCAGAGACUCUGUGAGAUUGUAGGAAAAAUUGAAGAAGCAGUGAACGAAUCCACAGAAGGUAUCAGUGGAGUCCUGAAUGAUACAAAGCCACUGCUGGAGAGAGUGUGUCUCACUUUAGAGAAAGGUGAUGUUAAUGUGAUCAGGACCUGUCUGACCGGACCCCUGUUUAGCAUCACUGUAGAAUGGAACCGUUUUGCUAAAUGUUUACUGGAGUCAGUGGCUGCAAUGCAGAUGGACCUUGAUCAAGAGUUCUCCAAAAAUGUGGAUGCCACCCAAUUUCUUAACUGCCUUCCAGUUCAGCCCCAAGACUACCUCUUCAAAAAAGUGAAAGGCUGUGACAAGCAAUGUCCUCUCUGCAGAGCCCCGUGUGAGGAGGAGGAUAUGGGGCAUGAGGCUCACAAUGCCUUGCUCCAUCGACCUAAAGGCAUGCAGCCUUAUGCCUCUAGUUCUAUAUCCUGCAUCAGUUGUCCUGAAAGCAUGAGUGAGGACAAGGACACACAUGAUAUAUCCACAACAAGAAAUGUUCUCCAUUCACUCUACCCAGACUGGAGCUUCUCUCCUGACAACCCAAACAGCACAAAGGCCAGUGAUUACUGGAGGUAUGUGCUGGUGAAGUUCAAUGAGAGGUUUGCACAGGAGUUUAAACGGGAGCCGACAAAGAUUCCUGAGGAAUGGAGGAGAAUCACUCAGGAGCAGGCUUUAAAGAGUCUGAAGGAGGUGUUCCUCACCAGAACGAGUGUUUAA